GAAGGCAGCCUGUGUGUAAAUGUAUAUAUUCCGCCAGGUGUGCCGCCACGAGCAACGAGUGUUGUCCACGUUAUCGGGAUUGUUCACGUAUCUCUACAAUCUACCCCGUGAGACGAUAAGGCGAGAGAGCAUUACCUGUUCGUCAUAAUGGUGUGAUAGGGUGUCAGUGCGUCCAAGUCCCCCGCGGCGGACAGGUGUGCACGUGGCGGUUCCCUCGUGCCUUCGUCACCGGAACUCGCUCGGCCAGCUUCCAUUUAUCAGUCUCAUUUCCACAACAAACACCGGCCGGAUAGUUUUCCGUGUUUGUGUCAGUGUGGCUUUGUUCCUCGUGGCGGGAGGAGGUUGGGUUACACGUGGCGGCUGGUGGGGGCUGAAGGUGUGACGUGAGGCGCCUCGUGGUCCGGCGGAACAGGAACGUGUUUUGGCGUUUCGUCCUGACGUGGGAGCGGCUGCUGAAGGGGCGAUGUGUUGGGGGUGGGCCGGGUCGUGUUAACGUGUGCGCUUUCAGUGUAUUGCCGAUUUCUAAGUAGGCCUAUCGCAAGCAGACGAGAUGGAACGUCACCGAAGCAAACCGAUGUAUCCAGAGGAGGAGACCACAGAAGACGAGGAGGAGGAAGAAGAGGAGGAGUAUUUGCCGGAGGAGGAGCUGGUGGCUCGAGUUCGCACCAAGAGGGUCAGGUGCUGCGUGUGCCAGAGCGACGACGAGCGCGAGGUAGAGCACGCGUUCGGCGAGGCGAGCGACCUGAUGGGCACAGCAGCACCCAGCAGGAGACACAGGAGGUGCUGCUGCUGCUGUCGCUGGCGCUGUCUGCUGAUAAUGAUGAUGCUGAGUCUACUAACAUUGCUGGCCCUGUGGGCGUGGUGGGAUAACGUCGUGCACAGCGCCGUCGUGGGCGCGCUGGUCAUGAAGGAAGGCUCUCAGAAGGACGACGUGUGGAGGAAGUCGGAAAUCAGGGUUCUGUACAGCGUCCGAGUGUUCAACCUGACGAACCCGAAGCAGUUCAUGGCCGGCGAUCGGCCGAGGGUGCAGGAAAUUGGCCCUUAUGUAUACACUAUGAAGGAAGUAAAAGAAAAUGUGGUUUUCCAAGCGGACGGAACCGUGCGCUAUCAGGGCAGGCCACUUUACUUCUUCGAGCCGGAACUGUCCGCCGGGUCGGAAGACGACGUUGUUUUCACGGUCAACAUUCCCUUCGUCAACGCCGCCGACAUGGUGAAGGGCGAUGGGACCGCCAAGACCAUCCUCAAAAUCAUCAAGAAAAUCCACGGGUUCGAGACGCUCAGGCAGCUCACCGUCGGGGAACUGCUGUGGGGUCACAAGUCGCGUUUCCUGGACUGGGCGAGGAGGCUGCAGGAGCUGCCGUACCCGCACCAGCUAUUCGGCCUCCUGACGGGCCUCAACAACACCUUGCAGCCGCCCUACGUGAUGCACACCGGGGAGGGUGACCCGAGCAAAAUGAACAAGAUAAUGGCGUGGAACAACCAUGAGCGUCUCGAUUUCUGGUUCGACGACGUCUGCAACAUAAUCCGCGGGACGGAUGCCAAUGGCUUCGCUCCAGGCCUGUCCGUAAACGAUACCCUCUACAUAUUCAACGGGCAGCUGUGUCGCUCGAUCCCCCUGGUGUACAACAGCACCGUCCAGAGCGGCGGCCUCGAGGCCUAUCGCUUCGUGCCGCCGGAGAACAUCUUCUCGUACGGGCGAGCCAACCCCGAGAACUCGUGCUAUUGCGGCCCUCAGGGAUGUCCUCCGAGGGGCGUCCUGGACAUGAAACCCUGCUACUUCGGGGCUUCGGUGGGCUUCUCCUUCCCUCACUUCUACAACGGCGACCCGAAACUCCGUCACGUGGUCAGAGGCCUGAGACCGGACGAGAAGAAGCACCGGACGGAGUUCGACAUCUAUCCGGACCUCGGGGUUCCUCUGCGAGUGAAGCUCCGCAUGCAGAUGAACGUGAUGCUGGACCGCAGCCAGGCCCUUGAGCGCGCCCGCCACUUCGACGUGGUCCUCCCCAUCUUCUGGUUCGAAGUGGGCGUGGACUCCCUGCCUGGCGAGGUGGUGGGACUUCUCAAGCUGGCGCAGAACCUGCCUCCCGUCGUCAAGACUACGAGCGUCACGCUGUGCACGGCCCUCACCCUCAUCUUCCUGAUGCUGCUUCUGGCGCAAACGGUGGCGGCGUGGUGCGGCUGGGGCUCUUCGGGCGCCAGCAAGCGCCCCCACACGCCCGAGCACCUCCCGGCCCACCACCACUAUCGGACGUCGACGCCGCCGUGGGACUUCGAGGACAUGCACAAGCCCAGAAACGGCUCCCCGAACGGCUACAAGGAGCCGCUGGCCGCCGGCCUUCCUCAGCCCGGCAUAGACAUCCCGAUCAUCGACGACCACACCUUGCUCCCUCCCUACCGCCGGCGGGACACUUCCGACUCGGCGAACGUCUCGGCGCCGCCCUACGAGGACGACAACGACCACGACCACGACCACGACCAUGACCAUGUUGACGGCGACCAGAUCCCUCCGCCAUACAGCCCGGGGCCGCAGCAGCGCACGCCGUCCACGGUGUCAGUCGAGAUCCACACGACAGCCUCCGACGACGACCUCCCCGACCUCCCUGUGGAUCCUCCGCUCAUGCACACGGUGCCCUUGGACCAGUGUCCGCCCGAGUACGACGAGGCGACGGAGGACCUCCCCCCUCCUGAGGACCUCGACGAGCCCCAGAAAGUGACGCCGUCCACGCCUCCGCCGCAGCCGGGCGAGGCCGUCGUGGCGCCCUUGGCACGUAUCGACGAGACGCGCAUCGACAGCAGCUCGGGGCCGUCCAACCCGCCGACGCCUCCCCAGCGCCCCCCGAGGUCUCCCAAAUCGCCGAGACGACAAUCGCCGUCUCGUUCGACGCCCUCGCCGAGGCCGACGGCGCCGCUGGCGACCUCAAGUCCCCACGGGUCCAACGGUGUUAGUGCUAGUCGGAGCGAUCUGCCGCCGCCCCUCGAGUCGGACUUAUGAGGGGCGUGGACAGUAAUUCACUUUUCUCUUAUAAUUUUCAGUUAUCGCCAUUGGCCGGGCACAAACUGCGCUAGAGUGUGCACGUUGCCUGGCCGAUAGAAAGCUUACACAAUUGAAGAAAAGCUUAGAUAGCAAUUAAGUGCUUUCCUGCCAUAAGUAUUCAUGAUUCGCUGUGAUCUUACAACAUGACAAUCAUUCGUCCUGCGUUUGCGCCGAGGACCCUGCUCUCCUUGGGAUUCAGUCAAGUUGCUCACACAGUUGCCAUACUGUUGUUCAUAGGCAUUAUCAACUGCGGUUCCAUGUCAUUCCUGACCUACGGGUUUCCCUCUGUGUAUUAUUAUUCUGGCCAAGUGCAACAAAGAGGACCAUUCGUACUGUGGCUUCCGGCUGUAGGCUAUUUCCGUGAAAGGGGAAUGAGCUGUCAAUGCAGGACGAUGUCUGUGGCAUCAGCUUGAUUUUUUUUUUUUUGGACAUUUUCUGUCGAGUAUUUUUUUUUUUUUUUUUUUUCGUCCCAAAACGAAAGACAUGUUUUCAUUCACCUUUUCCCACUACCUUUGAUCUCAUUCUUUGUUCAUCCAUGUGUAAUGAGGAAUUUUUUUUCUCUCUCUCUCUCUCUCUCUCUCUCUCUCUCUCUCUGUUAUUCCAUCUCAUCUGAUCACAUUUUAGUUUGAACAUUCUUUUCCUAUCAUUUCUAAAGGUUGUGCUUCAGAUUUUUAUUAAUCUUUUUUUAAGUUCAGUAAAAACUGUAAAUAGAAAAAAACGACAGCGUGGCUUCAGAUCAAAGAUUUUUUAGGUGAAGUCAUUAGGUGUAAAGGGCAUUCACACAAAUUUGACAUAUCAUACUCGACCGGUAUGAUCUACAUAUAUUAAUAGCAAGAACUUCCAAGACUGAAUGUAUUUAAGUAUGUUCACGGACAUAGAAUAGGAAUCUAAUAAAGGAAGAAGAAUGACAAAAAAGUCACAAUUAUAUAUAAAACAAAAUAAAAAAGUUAACAGUAUUUGUGAAUGAGAUAUGUAUAUUCUUGCUCACGUAUUGAAACCUUUUAUGGUUCCUGCAAUAUCCAGUCAUGUGUCUUUCAUAUCUCUCUUAUCCUGAUUGCGUCAUCCUAUCCUGCAACAGCUAUCAUAGGAUCGGCCAGUGUAUCCUAACACACCUUCUAUAGGAAUGAAUGCGGUUAUUUGGUAGAUUUAUAAACGAAUAUCUACUGUGGAGAGAUAUUUUUUGCCGAGGUUUUAUUAUCGUUUAUAUAUAUGUAAGAUUUUUUUUUUUGUGAUGGUGUUAUGUUGUGAUAGGAAGAGUGUAAGGCGUCUUUUUAACACGUGGAAGUGAGAUGUGAAAUGUUUAGGAAUUUGUGAAGAACGAUUAACAAGAAGUGACUUAUUUCGUGUCCUCCUGAUUUUAAAAGAAAAAUUGUGAUGUACAUUUCUCAACUUACCCUUCCUUUCAUGAAUGAACGUUGAAAACUAAUGACGUGUACAAUUGGCAUCACUGUAUCCCUCCAUGAAAUUCCAUAGGCCUAUACAGUAUUAUGUUCCUGAUUAUCCAUCUUGAAACGCCUAGUAUCCUCAGCUGUUUUAAUAGUCUACAUUUUUCUCUAGUACAUAUUGUAGUUGAACGCUUUCGCCAUGUUUUUUCCUUAUUUGUUUUCAUGUAGGAUGUGAUCUUCAAUUCAUAAUAUUUCUCCGUCUGUAGGAAUUGCUUACAAAACAAAAAUAGCCUAUGUGAUUUCAUUACCUUUUUUUUUCAUUAUCAACGACCAAUGAUUUUUAUAUUUAUAUCAUAGUCUGCUUUAACAGUAUCUUUGUAUGUUCAUAUUCUCCAGUAUUUUAGUGCUGUACAAUGCACACCAUACAACCAAGGGACACAUAUCACCAGGUUAUACCAUAUAGCAUACAUUUUGCUUCAUAUAUGUAUCUAUGUAUCAUGUUUAUAUUAUUUAAUCUACGUUGGUGAGUCAUUUGUGCCUUAUCUCUUGUAAGGAUUACUGUUAUAUAUAUUUUUGAUAACUGGAAUAUAACUGUCUUAUUGUUUGUGUAUAAAAGUGAACUUUGUU